AUGAGCUUUUCAAUCUCUGCCAACCUCUCGCCGCUGCCUAGCGACCGCGAGGCCAUUGUGGACGCCAUUGCGCGGUGCCUCUGCGGCCUUGACACGGCUGACCGGGCCCUCUUCCAGUCAGCUUUCACCGCCGACGCCGUAUUUGACCUCAAUGGCGCGCUGCUGCACGGCCUCGACGAGAUUACCACGUCGUGCUUUGACAACGUGUCCAAGCUGGACACGACGCACAUGACGAGCAACGUGCGGACAACCUUUUCAGACGACGGACGCGCGGCGACGACGACGGCGACGGGCGUCGCGUACCACUACCGCGCGGGCAAGGGGCUGGCCAUGGAGAAUGGAGGCGCGACGGAGCGGCUGGUGGUGGGAAGCCUGUACUCGAUUGAUCUCGUCAAGGUGGAGGAGGGGGAGGGGGAGGGGGAGGCGACGCUGUGGAAGGCCAAGACGUGGAGGCUCAAGAGCGUAUGGACGCAGGGCGACUGGGCCGUCAUGGGCGCGCUGCCGGGCAACAGGGGGACAGAGGAAGCGAAAUAG